UGUCGAUGGAAAACCACUGCAUUGGAAUCUACGGGAGAAAAAAGUUCGCACCGCGCUAGACCGCGCGUAUUCUCCUGAAAUCUCAGUUUUAUCACAGGUUUUCAAUCAAGUCGCCUAAGGAAUCUAUUUGCAAUGAACUGGGGGUUUCUUCAGGGCCUCAUUAGUGGGGUCAACAAGUACUCUACAGCAUUUGGCCGUGUAUGGCUUUCCAUAGUUUUUGUUUUCCGAGUUUUGGUGUUUGUGGUUGCAGCUGAGAAGGUUUGGGGUGAUGAACAGAAAGACUUUAAGUGCAACACAGCACAGCCAGGCUGCCACAAUGUCUGCUAUGACCACUUCUUCCCCGUGUCUCACGUCCGGUUGUGGGCCUUGCAGCUCAUCUUUGUCACUUGCCCCUCAUUCUUGGUGACGAUGCACGUGGCAUAUCGAGAGGAUCGGGAAAAAAAGAACACCCUCAAGUACGGCGAGGGCGUCAAACGUCUCUACAAGAACACGGGCAAGAAGCGUGGAGGUCUCUGGUGGACCUACGUCCUCAGCCUCGUCUUCAAGAUGGGAGUGGACGCCACCUUCACCUACCUGGUCUACCACAUCUACGAGGGCUACGGCUUCCCGUCGCUGGUCAAGUGCUCACAGUCGCCGUGUCCCAACGUGGUGGACUGCUUCAUCUCUCGGCCCACGGAGAAGCGCAUCUUCACCAUCUUCAUGGUGGUCACCAGCCUGGUCUGCAUCGUGCUGUCCUUCGUCGAGACCGUCUACCUGGUGGGCAAGCGCUGCGUGGAGGUUGCCAAACGGAUGCACAAAGCCCGGCACAUGCAAGUGACCGCCUCCAGGAUGAAUAUGAGUAGUUCCGCCAUAUUGCUGGACUCAAACAAUGGCCGGCGGACUGGCAAAGACACCGGCAGCCCGGCACCAUCCUACAGUGUAGCCAUCGCCAAGACAUGAUGCUUCUCACAGUCCGAGACAGAGACUCAGAUGAACACAUUGAUCAAUACAGGGACAUGACUCUAAGUACAAUAGAGUUUAAAAACAUAUAUUUAGGCCUACUGCAUCCUUUGUGUUAAAUACCAUACCCCUACUCUUUCAUUGUAGCUUUUCAUUGUACUCUUUAGAUCCGCACUGAAGCUGGAAUGGUUCACUGGUGUGGCCAUGACUUUCAUGGGCUAGGCCUAGAGUAGCCAUUUCCCUUCUUUACCCCACCACAUUCCUCUGGAGUUCCUCACCAUAUGUAAACCAAGUACACACCCACCCUGUGUUACAGUCUGAAUGAAGCCAUGUUACCCUGUGUUACAGUCUGAAUGAAGGCAAAUACACUCUCCUUCAUAAGGAAUCCAUCAUUUGCAGACUAGAAAACUAUCUAACCUGACCCCGAACAUUUUUACUGCGGUAUUUGUUCUGUGACACACCUUUGCAAUCGCAAGAUUAAAACCAAUCUUGCUGUGUGUUCUGGUAUGAGAAAGCUCAUUGUUAUUGUCCAGUUUGAUCUUAUUUAUACUUGUUUGCCUUUUUAGCUCUAUGCACACUGCCAAACUGAACUGAGUGAACAGAGCAGUAAAAACUCAAACACUGCCCUGAAUGUAUUUGUGCAACCAAAAACAAUGCAGUCAAACGACUAUCAAAAGCAAUGCAGUCAACCGAGUUCCAGUUAAACCUUCUGCUAGUUUAAUGUCUGAUACUGCCAUGUUUGAUACCAUGUUUGUGUGUUUUGGAUUGUAAAUUAUUCUUUUUUGUGAUAUUGUAUUUUGAGUUGCACAUUGUUUAAAGUUCUGUUAGAUUUUGGGUUUUCUAAUCCGUUUCAACAUUCCUGAGGGCAGAAAGACAACUGGUUUCCCAGCUCUUUUAACUAGUUUCACUGCCAGUACAAGGAAGGGAGAUAAUCAUUUUAUAUGAAUGCUCUUAACUCUCUAGUUUCUUCCUCUCUUAUGGUGUGAAAGAAGGAGUUUUGCCAUCUGAACAUCUUGCCCCUCUUGGACCAGAAACUAUCAGGGAAAGCCUUAUAAUCUAAACAGACCAUUGCUUGUUUACAUACAUGUUUUACAUGUAAACUGCUGUCUUUUGAAACAUUUGUCAACUGUUUACCUGAUUGUGUCUCCAUUAAAUCCAGUCUGUUUUUUUUCUUAA